AUGUCCCAACCAAGUCGAGUGAUGCGAGUGUUCGAGUUCGAGCUCGAGCAUAAUGCGAGAAUGCUCAGGAACUACGUCUGCAAUCUUGGUGCUGGAGAGUACCAGGAUGCUAGCGUUUUGUUGCAGCUGAUGGACAGGAGCCUCAGUGAGCUGCUUCGCGAUGACGUCCUCGAGUUUGGGAGAUACAAAGUAGCUAUUGUCCUUCAACUGCGUUUGUUGAAGCAGGAUGGUGUCACCGGUGACAAGGUGUUCAUCAGCUUCUUCGUGCGCACGCGAACCACCAUCAUCCUGAAUGAUGAUGAUGUUCGUUACAAAUUGGAUAGUGCUGCAGCAGAGAUCGAUGCUCAAAUCGAUGAGUUUGUCCGGAAUGGAUCGGGGUGGAUCGUGGAUCACGUCGAAGCCGUAUAUCUGGAAUUGUCGAAAUUUGAGCCGAUGGGAGGUGGAACGUUCAUCCAUCUCCCCCAGCACAUCAAGGCUAAGACAGCCUGCCUCAACGUCAUCAACAACGACGAUCGGUGUUUGCAGUGGGCUCUGCUGGCCGCAAAACAUCACGAGGAUGUUGGUCCAAACAACACUCGAGUAUCGAAGUACGUUCCAUACGUCGACGAGCUGAACUUUGCCGGUGUAGAGUUUCCAGCUAGUAUGUGUGCCAUCACGACGUUGGAGCAGAACAAUGUCGAUCUCGCCGUCAACGUUUUCGGCAUAUCGGAUGAUGGGAAGACUGUCGUUCCGCUUCGUCUGACCAGAAAAGGCGAUCCUCAGGAAGCCAUCAAUCUGCUCCUGUUUUCUGGUCAAACUGAGGACGAACGUAACGUGCAGCACUGGGUGUUCAUCAAGAACAUGAGUCGUCUGGUACACAACAAAAGUCAUCAUUCACGGAAGGUGUGCUACCGGUGUCUGAACGUGUUGAGUACUCAGACGGCUCUGGAGAGUCACCAGCUGCAUUGUAAAGACCAUCUCAUCGCGCGGGCGGUGAUGCCGCAGAAGGGUGAAAAGCUGCGUUUCACGCAGUACGAGAAGCAGCUUCGUGCACCGUAUGUGAUUUAUGCUGAUUUCGAGAGCAUCAUCACACCUCAUGCUGAGCCUAAAAGCAUUGGGGGGAAGACGAAGCAGCACUCGGAGCACAUACCCUGUUCUGCCGCAUACAUCGUCGUGCGCAGUGAUGGCACCGUGACGGAUACGUUCCAGCAUACGGGCGAAGAUUCAGUAGAGCAGUUCCUGACCUCCCUGGAACUGCAGGAAGUCUCCAUUCGUGAAGACUUGGAGAAUCGUCGCCCUAUGAACCUGACGCCUGAUGAGGAGGCUGGUUUUCUCAGCGCCAGGGAUUGCUGGAUAUGUAAACGUCGUCUCGGAGGGGAUCGUGUGCGUGACCACGAUCACAUGACGGGUGCGUUUCGCGGAGCAGCGCACAACUCCUGUAAUCUUCAGCUGCGCAUCGUACCCGGCAAGGUGAACAUCCCGGUGGUGUUCCACAAUCUCAAGGGGUACGACGCGCAUCACAUCGUCAGUCAUCUCGGUAAAACGAAGAUUGACGAAGUGACGUACCAAGAUGCUGGAGACAAGGAGCACACGGAGCAGCGCGGCUCCAUCAACAUCGUUCCGUCCAACACGGAAAAGUACAUCGCUAUGAUGUGGCGGCAGUUCGUGUUCAUCGACUCGUACGCUUUUCUCAGCACUUCGCUGGAUAAGCUUGCGAAGGCAACACCUGGAGAAGCGUUCGUCCGCAUGCGGGAUCUGCAUGGGGGGGAUCCCGAGAAGACGGAUCUUCUGCUUCGGAAAGGUGUAUACCCGUACGAGUACAUGGACUCGUUCAGCCGCUUCGACGAGGAGAGUCUCCCCCCACGGGAGAAGUUCUACUCGUCGCUGUCCGAGGCACACAUCACCGAUGACGAGUACCGUCACGCGCAAACCGUCUGGAGCAGGUUUGAUUGUGUCACUCUGCGUGAUUAUCACGGUCUUUACCUGAAGACGGACGUGUACUUGCUGGCGGAUGUAUUUGAGAACUUCCGCACCACCGCCAUCGCCACGUACUCGCUAGAUCCGGCCAACUACUACACGCUGCCCGGGUUUGCGUGGAGUGCGCUGCUCAAGGUGUCCGACGUCAGUCUGGACCUGCUGUCUGACGUGACGAUGCACACCUUCAUCGAGCACGGCAUCCGCGGUGGAAUCAGCAUGAGUGUGCAGAGGUACGCCGAGGCUAACAACGAUCUUAUCCCAGACGGGUACGACCCCUCGAAGCCUAUGACGUAUCUGCAGUACGUCGAUGCAAAUAAUCUGUACGGCUGGGCCAUGCAGCAGCCCCUGCCCAUCGGCGACUUCAAGUUCGUGGAGGACAUCAGCGAUGAUCUCGUGGACGACAUCGUCAUGACGCACCCCCACGAUUCGCCUGUGGGAUAUAUCGUGGAGUGUGAUCUCACGAUUCCCGAUGGUGUGCACGAUGCGCUAAACGAGUAUCCUCCUUGCCCCGAGAACAUGUGCGUGACGGACGACAUGCUGUCGCCGCAUCAGCAGCAGCUGGCGCAACAGCUCGGCUUGGGCAAGCAGAAGGAGAAGAAGCUGAUGCUCACUCUGCUGCCAAAAACCCGCUACGUGUGCCACUACGUAAAUCUGCAGGCGUACGUGGCGCUUGGCGUGGAAGUGAGUGAAGUGCAUCGCGUCCUCCAGUUCACGCAGCGUCCGUGGAUGCGCUCGUACAUCCAGCUGAACACCGAUCUGCGUACGAAUGCUGCAUCGGAGUUUGAGAAAGAUUUCUACAAACUCAUGAACAAUGCAGUGUUUGGCAAGACGAUGGAGAACGUCCGGCGCCGCUUGAACCUGAAGCUUGUCCGCUCGGAAGAAGAGGUGGACAGGCUGCGGCGCGCCAUCGUCAAGCCAACGUACAAGCGCAGUAUCGUGUACGACAACGACCUGGUGGCGGUGGAGUUCUUCAAGUGUAAAGUUCACUUGAACAAACCUAUCUACGUGGGUUUCUCCAUCCUAGAGUUGUCGAAGGUGCUGAUGUACAGCUUCUUCUACGACACUCUGAAGCCACGCUAUGGUCAGAACGUACGGCUGUGUUACACGGACACCGACUCGUUCAUCCUGCAGUACGCCACGGCCGACCUGUAUGCGGACAUGAGUGACAUGAUGGGUCAGUACGAUACGUCCAACUAUCCGACUGACCAUCCUCUGCACUCCCUCGCAAACAAGAAAGUCGUCGGCAAGUUCAAGGAUGAGCUGGGUGGACGCAUCAUGAGCGAGUUCGUGGGGCUUCGCUCAAAGAUGUACGCGUACACCGGCGAAGAGUCAGCAAAGCGUGCGAAGGGCGUGAAGAAGUCCGUCGUGAACGAUACUCUGCAGUUCUCGACGUACAAGAACUGCCUUCUACGCGAUCAGCAGAGCAUCGAGAGAGAGAUGAAUGUGCUGCGCAGCCGGAAUCACCACAUCUAUGGUGAGACCAUCCGCAAAGUGGCGCUAUCACCGUUCGAUAGCAAGAGGUACAUCCUCGACGACGGUGUGAGCACACUUGCGUAUGGCCAUUAUAAGAUACCGGCAUAA